AUGGAGGACAAGGUGUCGCUGCGCCCGUCCUUCAUUACUCGGGUUAACGGCUCGCGCAUGCACUUCUUCGCCGUCUUUGACGGCCACGGUGGCCCCAAGGUGUCUGCGCUAUGCAGGGACCAUAUGCACGCAAUCCGUGCGGACGAGCUGGCCCGCGCAUCCGCAGCCUACCGAAAGGAGACCCAGCAGCACGUAGAGGCGGAGGAUCGCGCCUGGAAGGCCACACUGACACGGAGCUUCGCACAGGCGGACGAGCUGCGGGCGUCGGGGGUGCCCCAGGGCACCAUAGGUGGGUCCACGGCCAUGGUGGCGCUCUUGGUCCGCGGUCGCAUCAUCGUGGCCAAAUGCGGCGACUCUCGCGCCGUGCUCUGCCGUGCCGGCCGCGCCAUCCCGCUCUCCCAGGACCACAGCGUGAGUCGACCGGAGGAGAUGGCGUGUGUCACGGCGGCAGGCGGCGUGGUGUUCAAAUACGGCGGGGUGCUUCGCGUGCAGUGGAUGCUUGCCAAGACGCACGCGCUAAGUACAUUCUCACACGUUACUAGCAAACAAGCCACCUUCCUGAAUUUGUUUGCGACUGCAUUGCCUAUAUAUUGA